CUCUCUCCAAACCAGUGCACAAACGGGUGUUUCAGACUCUGACAGCGACAACUACAUUAAUAGCUUGAAACUGGAGAUCUACAGAGGUACCAUCAAAAACAGGAUCGUUAGACCUCAUCUCCACAAAUGUGGAUACGAACAGAUAGCCAUGCACUAUAUCUACACAGGGACAGUACAGAAAAAAGUUGCGGACCUAUGGCAGACAUAUAAAAGAAGGAUCACCCAUGAUACAACGUAG